GGUCGAUACAAGUGAAAGGUUUGUUAAAAAUAAAACGUCAAGUUAAAAAGCGGAAUAAAUCGAAGAAAACAGGAUAUAAACCUGAUUCAAACUCUUUUCCUCGCGCCAGGAAAAUCUGUAAUUGGAUUAAAUCCCGUUUUAACAUUCUUCAUCAGCACCGCAUUUCGAGUCAAGCAAAAACAAAGUAAGAAGCACACAGGAGGGACGAGAACAGAAUUGGUUGUUUCGGAACUUGAAGUCGUGCCAAGUGAAAAUUUGCCCAAAAUGGGAAAACCAGGAAAUUGAAAAAAGGCAACAGCGAACGACGAGUUCCCAAAACUCAUGUGCGUCCAAUGCGUGUUGCAGUGCAGUCGAGCCUACACGUUCAAACAACUUUGCGAAAAAUCGGACAAGAUUCUCAAACAAUACGUUUCAAAGGAUUUCCAAGAUAUGCUCAAGCGCUACCAGGAUCAGGAGAAGUCCCGAGAACAAGCGAAGAAAGAGCUGGAAGAACAGCUGAAAUUCCGCUCGCAGUCUCCUUUGCCCAUUAUUAUCGAAGAGAAGAAAGUUGGAAAUUCGGCGACGUCGUUUGAAACCGUGAUAACAUCCCAACAGAUAAUACAUAAGGCAGAGCUUUCAGAUGAAUUUUACACGGUGGUGGAAACAAUGGAGUCUACUGAUUCCAUCGACGACCCUUUAAGUUAUUCCCCAGGCGAUGAACUGAAAUACAAGAUCGACAUUAAUACCCUGCAUGAAAUGACUUCAAAUCAACUGGACAAUGUUGAUAAAGCUACUGAAAUCAAACCGCCCAAAUACAAAUGCGCCAAAUGCUUUGCCCAGUUCGCACUCAGAGUGGAUUUUAAGGUGCACAUGAUGACGCACCCCAAGGACUUGGAUUUCGUUUGCGAAAUAUGUAAUAAAGCCUUUGCGGAACUGCGCAUCUUAAAACGCCAUCAAAAGAUCCAUCUGGACCAUAAGCCGCAUCAGUGCGACCAGUGCAACAUGUCCUUUGCUGAAAGCUCCAAUCUGAGCAAACACAAAAAGAAACAUACGGGCGAAUUGCGAAACAUCAAAGGAAAACCUCACUUGUGCUCAGUGUGCGGACGAGGUUUCAAGUGGGCCUCAAGUUUGCAUAAGCACAUGAAAUACCAUACUGGACACAAACUGCUCAGUUGCACGUUCUGCUCCAAGCAAUACGUCGAAGCCAGAAGUCUAAAGAUCCACUUAAGAUCGCAUACCGGAGAGAGGCCCUAUUCAUGUGAGGUCUGCAAAAAGACCUUCACGCAAAGCUGCAAUUUGGAAAAGCACAUACGGGUGCAUACUGGCGAAAAACCUUAUGUAUGCACCGUCUGCAACAAACGGUUUAGCCAGUCUGGAUAUGUGGCGAUCCAUAUGCGUACUCAUACGGGGGUGCGCCCUUAUGUGUGUCAAACCUGCGGCAAAGCCUUUUCCGGCUCGAAUACCCUCACGUUACAUCAGCGAAUUCACACGGGAGAAAAGCCGUACGGCUGCGAUAUUUGCGGCAAGAAUUUUAGUCGACAAGAAACUCUGACUAUUCAUGUGCGGUCUCAUACAGGUGACAAACCGCAUAUUUGCGUCACUUGCAAUAAGGCGUUUAGUUCAUCGGGACAAUUGUCUGGGCAUAUGAAGUCGCACACUGGCCGCAAGCCGUAUUUUUGCGAAAAAUGCGGCAAAAAAUUUUCCAGUUCCAGUAGUCUGAAAGUUCACAUGAAUCACCACGUUCAAACACAAGAGAAGGAGGAGAUCAUCCAGAACGUGCUCUUUACGUGUAAACUAUGCAAUAAAAACUUCAACGAGGAUACAGCCUUCAACUCGCACAUCUUGGAGGUGCACGCCAUACAGGCUACGACCAUUCAAAUUAAAGGGGAGGAUUUAGAAAAUCUGGAAGCGAUGCAAGUGGCUGAAAUCAUAACCGCAGAUAAUCAAAGGAUCCAAGUUCAGACCAUUAGCCAGAUAUAAAAAGUCGCAUUAAUUGACCAUGCUGCAAAUUUUGUACAUAAUUUUUGUCGACAGGUAAGGAAUAAUAAAGGUUUUCGCGACA